GUUCCUCGCCGUUCCUCGCCGCGACGCCUCGCCUCACCUCAUUAAAACGGGAUGAGCAAGAACUGUUUUACCAGAUGUCAAAGAUCUUCGAUGAAGAUGCUGCUACCAUCAUAGAUGUACCAGGUGUCCCACAGCUGGACGAGGUGCUGGAGCCAUCGCCGGAUGGGAAGGGUGGAGGUGUGGAGAUUCCUAACCCGAUGCACCGCAGCGCUGCCUGGGAGGAGGACAUCCCUCCCUACGUUGAGCAGCUGGAAGAGUCUGUGCGCAACGACAUGAUCGCCCUCGGCCGCCCUUCGCAGGAGCAGGAAUUGUCUUCAUCUGGAGGCUGUUACCAAAGGAAGAAAAUCAUACUGAAAAGGCUUCAUGGAAUUUGUCCUCGGGUCGAGGGCCAGCUGCUCCGGGCACCGAGGAGGCAUGGCGCUCCGACGACGGAUCUGCGUGACCACGUGGUCCCGGCACCGGCACCCCGGGAACACGGGCCCCUGCGGCAGGUGGAGGGAGAGAGGGCCAUCAGGAGGGUUUGCUCACGCGUGUCCUGCUGCUCGCGCGGACGAAUAUGCGAUGCGGGCGGCGUCGACGCCGAGGUGAAGCGGGCCUCGGUUCGAGCGGAGAGUGCUGCGUUUGAGCCGAGUGGCGUCGGCGUGUCGACCUUUGACCUCUCCCCGUCACGCCCCGAUCGGGCCAGAGGUGCUCACGGCGGCCUUGCGUUGCAGGUGGAGGCCCUACAGCCGGUGGAGAUCCGCUUGCGUUGCCUGAACGGCGUCAGGGACAAGCUGCCCCGGGGGGAGUACGCCGUGAGUGUGACCCUCCGCAGCCGCCCGGGGGGCCGUGCCUUGAGCCGGGGUCUUCCGCGGGCCGCUCCCACCGAGCCCGUGGCCCACGGAGGCCGUUUCCACGACACGAUGUUGCUGCUGAACCAGAGUGUGUUUGCUGUCUUGCCUUCCGCCGGAGAUCUAGUCCCGACCCUGGUUCUGCACUUUGAGCUGCUCUCCCUUCCCGGAGAGCACAGUCACAUCAGUGCCAUCGAGGGCUGGGGCGCCUUCCCCAUCUGCGACUGCGCCUUCCAAGUCAUCCAGGGGAAGUUCAAGGCACCCCUCCUCAGGGGUUCCUCGGACUCGGCCAUCGCCCAGUUCCGCAGGAUCGAGGAGCUCAUGGCGUCUGACCUGGACAACUGGCUUUGUAACCUGUACUUUCAGGUGAAGAAGCUUCCGGAAGGCAGCCUAGGAGAGGAACCCACGGUCGACUUGCAGAACCUCUGUGGCCCCCCGCUGAGGCCGUCACUUCGCUUUGGGAGCUUCUCAGCGUCUCAGCAAGGCCGAGGCUGCGGCGGCGCGACCCCCGAACCGGCAGAGCCGACCGGCCGCGGCCUCCCCGCGAACGGAGAGACGGGACCUCGCCGCGAGAAGGACGGCACCAGCGGGAAACGGCAUGCAGAUCACGGUGCGAGACGGAGAUUACGGGCUCCGCGGGACGAGCAGCCGGAGGAGGUCGCGACCCUUUGUGCCCCUGAACUGGACGACUAUAAAUUCUCCGUACAGGCUCAGCAUCGUGGCGGAGGAGCAGCUGAACGUGCUCGCCUGGCUCUCUGCAUGCUGGGUCUCGAGUUGGGCCUCUCGCACGGCGCCCGCUGCCACCUCGGGCUCUAUAUCCUUCUGCUGGCCUUGGUCUGGUUCCCUCGGGUCUACCUACACUACUGUGGCCAGUGGCUCCUCCUCCAUGCCAUCGCUGCGCCCAUCAGCAGGUUCCAGUUUCAUCUCCACACAGUGGAACUCGUCUACCAGAAUUCCUUGCUUCAUACCCGCGAGGAAUUGGCCGUGGUCGUGGUCGGACCUCUGACCUUGAAUGUAGCUACGCUACUUCUGGUUCUGAUCAGAUGGGGCUGUCAGCUAACAUUUGGCUCAGUCCCUUCCUUCUUGUCAAAGUUUAUCAUGGCUCUGGGAGUGUGGACAGUGUUCGACCCCCUGGCAGUCUUUGCAGUGGAUGCAGUCCUGGGGCGUCUGACCUACAGCGCUCAGAGACCCAUUGCAGACGCCGCCAAGCUGGCCUGGCACUUCCACAGGACGCAGCACUCGCACCUCCCUGGGAUCCUCAUCACCCUCUUCCUCUACACCGUCCUCCUCUUCUGCUCCCUCACCAUCCUCUACAUUUACUUCCUAAGGUUCCACAACGAUGGCUGCUUGUUGGACGUCUUCCAGCGCCUGCACGGCAUGGAGGGUUCCUUCUUCAUCCCACAAGACCUGGAGGUCUCCAACCAGGAGCUCAGCUACAUCCUCUCGAAGGCAGAGCAGUGGAGGGGCUUCGGCGGAGAGCGGCGCAAGGUGGCAGUGUAUGACUACGUGUGGACAGAAGACACCCCGUCCCACCAUGACACCUCCAGCAGCCACCCCCCGCAUGGCAGCAGACCGCCGAGCACGUCGCCCCCCCGGGGUCAAACCAGCACCCACGUCGCCAUCUACACCCUGCAUCCGAGCGGCUUCCGGGAAGCACACCGGCACUUCCUGCGGCAGCCCAGCGGGGCCAUUGUGGAGGUGACGGCUGACAGGGGCGCCGUGGUCCCUCCUCGGGGGGUUCCGGCAGGGGCGGCCCACCUGGGACAGGUACCGGCGGAGGGCAGCGCGUCGCGUUCUACGCAGCGGCGCUGUGCACGGAAGAAAAAGAGGGCUGCGUGGCGGUCUCACCGAGUGGAGCCAGCAGAGCGAAGCUGCAGUGACCCCAAUGCGGCAAUGGAGCCCCGCGACCACUGAGUGCACACCGCCCCAGCGCUCAUCGUGGUCAUCAUGCUGAGCUCGAGCAGCCGAUCACUGUACUGGUGCGAAUGGUCUGGAAAUAGAAGUGCAGGUUGCAAAUGCCCCCCCGGUUUCUUCACGCAUCCCGACUUUGGCUCAUAUCAGAUGCAGGGACACCGACCUGCGCAAAAUCGCUUUGACCGUCCAGCUCAAGAAGCUCCCUGGAUAUUACUCAAACAUGCGGCACAAAAUAUGAUUAUGCUGGAUAUAUCAGAACAAGAACAUACAUAUUGCCCAUCGUAAGACAUACUGUAUAAGCAGGAAGCAUAAAUAUGCUGAAUGGGAAGGUCAUUCAUUAUCCAGUAAACAAUGCAAAUUAACGAUUCCAUUAGAAAAUGAAUGAGGGUCAUUAGGUCUUCAUUGCUGCCCAACCGAAAUGAAAAAUGCAGAUUCUAAAAGUCACUAAUCACGGGGUAGUGAUAAAAUAUCAAUAUUGGGCACACAUUAAGCUGGAUAAUAUUCAGGCUGGCUUGAUUUGUAUUGAAUAUGUGUCUGGUGACUGGGCCUCGGUGUAAUGAACUGGCCCACAAAUCACAGCUUAAUGGGAGCCUACUUACACAUAUUGCUUAAUUAAAGGUUGUGAGCUUAUUAACAUGUGUCUUUGGCGUUGAGCACUGGCCAUGUAAUCUGUGCUCUACUGGACCAGGUUGUAAAGGUUUUAUGGCUGGGUCAUCAUAUUAAACUCAUAGUUUAAACCCUAAUGUUAAUAAGGUGUCAUUUACGCUGAUAAUGAUUUUAUGAGCAGUCAUGACCAAACUUAUGGCGGAGGAAGCAUUUUGGGGACCGUCCAGCGGUCAACACUUUUGGCCUUGAAGUUCCAGCAGCCAGUGACAGUCCUCGCAUCUACAGCAUAGAGUAAUAACCCAACCGCGUAUCAUCAAUUCAGCCUGAUAAGGUGUUUGUAUAGUAUCAAUACAGUAUAGGUACAGUAU